AGGUAGUCUUUCCACGGUCAGGACCGUUCCUGAAGAUCACAAUUCUACCUGUAGGCGGAACCUUAACCAAACACUCCGACUUGUUUGUGGUGAUACAGCAAAUAAGAACACAUAGGUGUGAGCCUGGUUUUCUCGAGGACAUUAUACAUGCCUGUAGCAUUGAACCUAUCCCACGUUCGCCUCACCUAAAAUUGUGGCGGUCCCCUAAGAUGCCGUCCGGUUUCCUCUUUUGGGUGGCAGUCGUGUUGCUAUUUGCUGGAGAGACCAGCUGCACUGUGUUCGGACCAGCUGGAAUCCCACAACAGUACCUCUACGACCGCACUUCGUCUCGGGACAACAGCUGGCAUAAAUACGUCAGGGCGCCCUCCAGCAGGACUGUCAGUCCGAAGGGAAUCGUCCAAGGCUCUAUUUCCGGGAAUGUAUCCAACCCAUCUGGUCUAAUCGAUGGGGAGCACCCGACAAUUCUCACACGUCAGACGACAGCGGACAGUAUCCCAUCCCUGGUGGUCGACUUUGGGCAGAAUCUUGCCGGAUAUCUCAACCUCGACCUUGCAGAUGUUGCAAAUUUGACCACGCCGCUGCCAGGUCUUAGGCUAGCCUUUUCGGAGACUCUAGAAUACCUCACAGGCUCGAGCGAUUUCACUCGGUCAUACAAUGCGGAUAGUGGCGAUAAAGCCAACAAAGUUGUGCCGCGCGGCACUGACCAAGUUGCUGUCAAGUCGGGAUCAUACACUUGGACAGACAGCCUGGGCUGUCAACACGACAGCAAGGUUUGUGCCGAUGGCCUCCACGGGUUUCGUUACGUGAGGAUAUGGCUGGAAGCCCUUCCCGAGGAUACGCCUUACACCUCCUCCCUGGGCCAAGUGGCCAUCUCGUCCGUCAGCCUCACGUAUUCGGGCUUCCUGGGAACGCCUGACACCUUUACUGGCUGGUUCGAAUGUUCGGAUGAAGACCUCACUCAGUGGUGGUACGAUGGCGUCUACACCACGGAGCUAUGCACCGACGUCUUCCGCGCCGACGACUCGGAUCCCCGACAGGCGGCUAGCCCGUCCCUCGAAGGCAAGCUCGUGAUCCAUGAUGGGGCGAAGAGAGAUCGAGACCCGUACGUGGGUGACCUGACCGUGUCGGCACUGACGUCCUACCUGUCACACAAUGUUCCGGAGGCGGCUCGAAACGUCCUCGCAGACCUGGCAGACCAUCAGCGCCCCGACGGCUGGAUCCCUCCUGCUAGCAUUCGUGGUUACUCGCUGCCCCUUUUCGAUUAUCCUCUGCACUGGGUUGUCUGCAGCUACAACCUAGUACUCUACACCGGGGACCUAGACUACUUACGAAAGUAUUACCCGGUAUUGGUAAAGGCCCUAGACUCUUUCUACCCUUCUGUCACGGACCCAGCCACCUCGCUCCUCUCCAAGGGCCUUGCCGGCACAGCAGGGUACGGAGACUACGCCUUCCUGCCGCGGAACGGCUCAAUCACGUACUACAACGCUCUAUACGUCAUGGCCCUCAACCGGGCCGCGGAGCUCGCCGGCAUGCUCUCGACCGACUCGGUCGAUGCCUCCCGCUGGCGCGCGCGCGCCUCCGCCGUGGCCGCCAGCCUCCUCAAGCACAACUGGGACCCCGCGGUCGGGGCUUUCUUCGACGGCGGGCCCUGCCCGGGCCACACGUCGGAUCUCAUGUGUCCGACGCACCCGCAGGACGGGAACAGCAUCGCCAUCCUGGCGGGGGUGACAGCUUCGGCCAACAACAGUAACAGCAACAAUGGCAACGGCACUGAGCCCCUCUCCGAGUCCAUCCUCGCCUACCUCUCGUCCGCAACCUCCCUCCCCCACGGCAACGCCUUCUUCGACAACGACCUCCUCCUCCCCCCCGCCCCCGGCGCCAACCUUUUCUCCAACCGCGUCUACGCAUACACCUCCUUCUUCGAGCUAGCCGCCCGCCUCUCCUCUCCGUCCGCGCAAACCAUCUCCUCGGGCCUCGACCAGCUCCGACGAACCUACGGAUGGAUGGCUGCUGCCAACAACGACAGCGACGGAGCAGGCGGGGGCGGAACCUUCUGGGAGGGCGCGGCCGGCCCCGACGGCGCGCCGUACGAGGCAGCGUAUACCAGCAUGGCGCACGGCUGGGCCUCCGGCGUGACGCCGCUGCUGACGCGCUUCGUGCUGGGCGUGCGCCCUCUAGCGCCCGGGUUCGGCGUCUGGGCCGUGCGGCCUGUUGGCGUCGGUGGUGGCGGGGCCGGCGUCGGUUGGGCGAGGGGGGUGGUGCCGACGCCGGGGGGCCCGAUUGAGGUGCGGUGGGGGGUGGGAGGAAGUGGUGGCGGCCGGGUGGGGGGGUCGUUCGAGAUGAGUGUCAGGGCGCCGCCUGGCACGAAGGGGGAGGUUUCGGUGCCUGUGGAUGGGGAGGGAGCUAGGGUGUACGUCGAUGGGGAGGUGGCAUAUGAUGGCGGCCCUGUUGGAGGUGGGAGCGCUGCCGCUGUGUACAGGGACAGGUAUGUUGUCGUCCAGGUCGCUGGAGGGAACCAUACUUUUGGUGUUGAGUAGCCAGCCGAAGGGGAUUGUCAGGUCCGGCUUGUAUGAGGCAUGUCACAGUGAGAAAAUGUGCGACGCAAUGCUCCGACACGAGGCGUCUUGCGGUUGGGAAGGUGGGUGACCCCGGGCCAUGGCUGUAAUGAGUACCUAUACCUAAAAGACAUCGAAGACAAGAUUGCAGUUGAACACCUUGACAACCCCGAUGUUUC